CCUUAACCUGCGUUUGACACUUUCGUCAUUACCUCAAAUUUAAGAGGGAAAAACCAAAAUGAAACCAGGAGGUUUUUUCAAGAAGCCGGACUGGCUCAAAAACAAACCAAAGGCCGAGACGAAGCCAGAAGAAACUGCGGAUGCGACUCAGAUGUUUGCGUGGUCGGUUGGCACCGUGUCGGACGCUUUGGCAGAACAGAAACGAAAGGAGAAGUUGCGUGCACAGAAGAAACAAGAGGCCUCACGUGAAGAAAGCGCAUCACCUUCAACAAAACGAAGAAAGUUGAGCGAGAAGGUCAACUAUGACCAUGACAGGGAAGCAAAGAACGACUCGAUUCCUCAGCACCAGAACAGAGUCACGAGAAAAUCACUUGAAAGCUCGCCACGUUCUUUAUCACACCGCGACAAAGCCACGCUUAGCUCAUUGUGCAAAGAAGAUGCAAAGGUGAUUGUUUUGUCAGACAGCUCUGAUGUCGACCGAGAAUCCUCGCCGUCGCCAACGCCCAAAUCAAUGAGCACGAAUUGCCGUGCAAAGGAUGUUUCGGAGGAUUCGCAAAAGGAGGACGAAGAUGAUGAGUUUGCUGAGCUUGCCGCAGCAGCGCGAGCGCGAGCAAAGCAACAAGAAGUGACGCUGCAAUCCUCAGCUACGAACACGGUUUCAUCUGGGCUAGAUGCCAAUCUGAAAUCACUGGCAACUGAUACAGAACCCAACCCAACUAUAGAUAUCCUAGUGUGGUCACCGCUUGAGGGUGCAAAACCUCUCGUUGUCAAGAGAAAAUGGAACCAGAAUUUCAGGGACAUUCGCAAAGCUUGGCUCGCUCGACAGCUGGACUUGGCCAGCCAUAUAAAGAAGGAGGAUAUCUAUUUCACAUGGCGCAACAAGAGGGUUUUUGACAUUUCAUCAUGCAAAAGCAUAGGCGUCAAGUUGGAUGCACAUGGUGAAGCCAUCAUACCAAGUGACCAGGGUCGUUACAGAGCGAUUGAUGGCAAGAUAUCACUUUGCGCAACGACGGAUGCCCAACAAAAACUCGAGAAGGAGAAAGCUGAAGAGAAGCAUUUGCGAGAAAGCGAGGAAGCAGCUGAGAUGGAGACAGAACCUGACCAAGAAUCUCGGAGCACUGGCAUCAGAAUCAUAUUGAGAUCGAAAGGCUAUCCUGACCAAAAACUGAUUGUGAAACCUGACACAACGGUAGAGCGUUUACAAGGAGCAUUUCGAACAGCCAACAAGAUAUCUGAAACCAGCAAUGUUGUGCUGGUGAUCGAUGGAGAUGAACUCACACCCGAUAUGACGAUGGAGGACGCUGAAGUCGAAGAUUUGAAUAUGAUUGAAGUCUACGUGCGUUGAAUGGUUGCAUUAUGGUCACUUAUUGCGCAAAAUACUUGGAACCUUGGACCAAGUCUUUUAAUCGUUGAUCGAUAACUGACUAUGCCGCCACAAUAAGAUAUGAUACCCCUGUAACGACUAUUUAAAUGCAAUGCACCGAGC